UCAAGUGCCUGAAAGUGAUCAUUUGACAUAUUUGAACGUUUAUAAUCAAUGGAAACAAAAUAAUUAUUCAUCACAUUGGUGUAACGAGCACUUCAUCCAUAUUAAAGCAAUGAGAAAAGUGCGCGAGGUAAGACAACAAUUAAAAGACAUCCUCAUUCAACAAAAAUUAGAAAUAACUUCAUGCGGAACCGAUUGGGACAUAAUAAGAAAAUGUAUUUGUUCAGCUUAUUUCCACCAAGCAGCUCGUUUAAAAGGCAUAGGAGAAUACGUAAAUUGUCGAACAGGAAUGCCGUGUCAUCUCCAUCCAACAUCCGCGUUAUUCGGUUUAGGAAACACCCCCGAUUACGUCGUGUACCACGAAUUAGUGAUGACAGCUCGAGAAUACAUGCAAUGCGUCACUUCCGUUGAUGGUCAUUGGUUGGCCGAGUUAGGACCAAUGUUUUUCUCAGUUAAAGAAACUGGUAAAUCGGGGAGGGCCAAAAAGAAACAAGCAGCUGAACAUCUACAAGAGAUGGAAAAUCAAAUGCAAGUUGCUCAAGAAGAGAUGAAAGCGAGGAAAGAGGCGGCGGAAAAGCGGGAAGCCGCGUUAAAUAAAGGACAAGAAAUUAUUUCUGCUGGGGCUACACCCAGAAGAACUCCCGCUAGAUUUGGGUUAUAAAAAAUUUUAAAAUUUAGUUUUAAUAAUUAUUUCUUUUUAAUUAAUAAAGAUUAUCUCACAUA